UAAUCACAUGAGACGGGGCUGGUGUUGUGUCACGUGAGGUCUCUUCUUAAACAUGGCUCCAACUAGCACAGAACAAAAACAUCAUCAUCGGCUGACUGACUGUCGUCUGUCUGCUGUCACGCUUUAGUAAACAUCAGAAAAAUGGAGGAAGUAAAUGUGGCCCCGCUGUAUGUCCUCGUUGUAUAAAGUUACUGUUGUAGAAACCUCAUCAUGCGUGAAACCGGAGGUGCACCGUUAGCUUAACGCUAGCUAGCUGUCAACUGCUACAAGUGGUGAGAGAGGGACAGGUAGAAGAGAUUAAGUCUGCCCUUGAUGACUUUGAUUUCUUUCUCCAUGAAUGUCUGAAAGUCGUCCUUGUGGGAGACAGCAAGGCGUACGCAGCAGGAAAUUGUGCGACUCUUAAGCAUUGGAGACUCACCAUGGAUUGGCUGAUGCAUGCAGUUGAGAAAGACCUGGGGGUUGACCGGCGGCAGCAAGGCCCAGGUCCCCGUCCCAGGGAGCUCAUUGCCCUUGUUCCUACGCGCUGGGUGAUGGGCCUGAGGGAGAGGAGGAUCAUGCGCUGUGCGCGCUUUGACUGCAUCACUGACGCAGAAAUUCGCACCUACCUUCAGUGUUCCCAGGCAAAGUUGCCUCCUGGUUGGACACGAGUGUGCAUUCAGGGUCUGAGGAAAAGCAAGCUAAGCUACAGAUUGGCCAGAGACCCGUGCCAUCAACAAAUGGAAUUCAUGUCACAGGAUUCUUAUGUCAAAACCAUGCAGUGUGUGUCGCAACAUAAUGUCAGGAAUCUGUGGCGUGACGCUCAUUACAAACUUGUGCAAGCAUAUGCCGGAGCCAAUGAGCAGAUGCAUGUUGCAGCUGUAGAUGCAGUGCGUCAUGCUUUACAGAAGCUCUUCAAUUCUACAUUCAUCUCAUCUGACCGAGUGUCACCAUCCCUUUCUCCAGCCAGAGAGAAGGAGAAAGAAAGCUCUAUGCCAUCCAGUUCAUCUUGCUUCUCCAAUUCCCAGUCAGACCAUCUGUGUCCUAAUGUUCUGCCUGCAGAGUGCCUGCUGGAGACAGCGGAGAUGCUUUAUGUGAUUCUACCUUAUACUCAGUAUUCACUCCAUGAUAUUGUCUCCUUCAGCCCAGCCAAGCUCGCUAACAGCCAUGCCAAAGUGUUGUUCAUUCUCUACCAGUUACUAACAGCCCUGCAGGGAUGUCAUGCAGCAGGUCUGUCUUGUGGAGAGAUCUCCCUGCAGGACAUAGCUGUAGAUGAGCAGCUCUGCAGCCGUCUCAAGCUCAACCUAGCCCAUUAUGAGGAACUGGGUACGGAAAGGGAUGAAAACAGCGAUGUGACUGGCAGACAAGUGCCAAAAAGUGUCCGGCCAAGGAACAAGUCAUGUGUGAGCCAAGAGAACAAAAUCAUUUGCAAAGACUGCUUUGGUGAGCUUAAGAAGUUGGUUUUGGACUGGGUCCAUGGACGAGUCAGUAACUUCCGCUACUUGAUGGAACUGAAUAGGUUAGCAGGACGUCGUGAAGGUGACCCCAAUUAUCACCCAGUGCUGCCUUGGGUUGUUGAUUUCACUGUGCCAUUUGGAAAAUUCCGAGACCUCAGGAGGUCAAAGUUCAGGCUCAACAAAGGGGAUAAGCAGCUGGACUUCACGUAUGAGAUGACCAAAGAGGCUUUGGCUGCUGCGGUGGGUGGUGGGGUCGGUGGAAGCGGUGUAGGUGGAGACCUCGGUGGCUCUGUAGGUGCUGGUGGUGCUGGACAGUCUGACCAUCUCCAUGUACCUCAUCACAUAUCUGAUGUGCUCUCAGACAUUACCUACUAUGUCUACAAAGCCCGGCAGACGCCCAAGUCAGUGUUGUGCAGCCAUGUUAGAUCCCAGUGGGAGCCAAAUGAAUACCCAGCCAGUAUGGAGCGUGUGCAGAGCUGGACCCCGGAUGAGUGCAUUCCAGAGUUCUACACAGAUCCCUCCAUUUUCCGCUCAAUCCACCCCGAUAUGCCAGACCUGGACGUGCCUUCUUGGUGCAAGUCGUGUGAGGAGUUUAUCGAGAUCCAUCGGCGUCUUCUUGAGAGCAGAGAGGUGUCCCAGCACUUGCAUCACUGGAUAGAUCUCACAUUUGGCUAUAAGCUGUCUGGUAAGGAAGCUGUCAAGGCCAAGAAUGUGUGCCUGCAUCUGGUGGACCACCACACCAAUCUGACUACCUAUGGUGUAGUUCAGCUGUUUGACCAGCCCCACCCACCACGCUUAUCUCCUGCCCAGUACGCCCCAGCAGAACCUCCUCUCCUUGGCCUUGCUGCUCUUAAUGUGCCUUCUCUACACAUCCCUCAAAUCGACACCGUGGCUGACACUGUGGAUGGACUGGUGCCAGAGUCUACAGGGUGCGAGUCCAGCAGCUGGACCAUGGUAGAAAGAGAUGAAGAGCUUGAACAAGGUAUGGAAGCUCUGGACUCAUUAGCGUCUGCUGGCUCAUCCAGUUCUGUGUCUUGCGCUGUGCCAAUGCCAAGCGUUAGUACGGUGGGAGGAAAGAUGGGAGGAGAGUACACAGCACCUAUUGUAUCUCAGUCCCCAAGCUCAUUCCCUGGUGAUUUCACAAGCGGCUUAGGCCCUGGUUUACGCAGUGCCAUGUUACAAAGAGGUGGGCCAACGAACAAAAAACAUUGGGAGGGAAGUGUGACUGCCACCAAUGCAGAGGAAAUCAAGAUAGUCCUCCCUGAAUGCUUUAACCCGUUGCAGCCUUUGGAAGAGCUGGAGAAGUUGAACAAUUUCCUGGUGAAGAGUCUGCACGCGGAAGUAUGGCAUCCUGCAGGAUCUACUGACUGCACAAGAGACGGUGUCAUAAUUGAAUCUCUACUCUCUCAUACACAGCUCUACCAAAGAGACAUGCAGGCCCUUGGUGUUCUCAUCGCUGAGAUAUUCUACUCCUCUAAACUGAGAGGACUGAAACCAGGCACCCCCCUGAGACAGCGUUUCCAAGCUGUUAUGAAGCUAUGCUCUGCCAGCCUCCGUGAUGUGCCACUGUCUUUGCACCAUGCUCUUGAGACGCUGCUGCUAAUCGAGAAGCACUCUGGAGUAGCACAUAGAGAAAUACCAGAUUGCCCACGGCCACUACUCUUCAAAUAUGAACCCAUCUGCGAUGGUCUCCCUCCCCCAAACCCCUGCCAAUUUCUGAACCCAAUCAUCACCCCCUUUCCUUUCCCUUCUUAUUUUGAAGCACUUCAUCGUUUUAUUUUUUCCUACCAUGCCAAAAUAGAGAGCACGUGUAGUAUUCAAGGACGAGAUGUUGUCUUUCACCUGUGGCAGCAGCUUGAGACACUUUUGCGGGGAAACAUCACAGGGGAGGGUCUUGAGAUUCUCUUGCCCUUCAUUCUAGCCCUCAUGCUUGAGGAGUCCACUGCUGUCUAUGCUGCUUGGUACCUUUUCGAGCCCAUCUCUGGAGUACUGGGUCCCAGAAAUGCAAACAAGUACUUACUGAAGCCACUGAUCAACGUUUAUGAAAACCCUCACUGCCUGCGGGGACGUUUCUAUCUCUACACUGACUGUUUCAUUCUGCAGCUGAUUGUGAGGCUCGGCCUGCAGGCCUUUCUGUCCAACCUGCUCCCCCAUGUGCUGCAGGUCAUCACUGGCUUUGAAAGCUCCAUCUCAGGUUCUGGCGGGGAAUCUUGCAAAGGGUUGAGGGCUGGCACAUGUAAUCUAGAAGAAGAAGAAGAGGACUUUCAGUGUGGCGAGGUGCGGCCACCUUCUGGGUCUGUUAGCGGGAAUAUGGGAGGUGGCAGUGGUGCCAGUGGAGGAGUCGGGACAGGGGGAGAGACAGGGAUGGUCGAUUACUCCUCUGGCAUCAGUCUCAAUGACCAAGUGUUUCUCUCAGAGGCAGAGGACUUUCAGAAUGGGUUCUAUGUCAACAGUGGAGCAGGGAAACGACAGAGCCAGAAUUCUGCAGCCAAGGAUCAAGACCAGGAGUCUCUAAGUGUGGGGAAACUAAGUGACAAAAGCAGCACAAGUGAGCUCUCCCUGGGUGACGGAGACUCAAUGCGGGAUCGAGCAAGUCUCAAAUCAGCAGAUAGUAGCCAGGACCUGAAACACGCUAGUGAGGGAGAGGAGGGCGGUGAGCUGGAAGAAGAAGAAGAAGAAGUGACUGAGACUACAGAGGGUAAAGAGGGGGCAGACGACCCUACUGUCACCAACCUGGAGCUCACUCUCUCUGGUUGCACAGAAGCUUCAGGAGAUACAGUUGCCACUCUGGAGGCUGAGUUUGUGAAUGGAAUGGCACUGGAGGAGACUGAGAAAGGCAUUGUGGGAGAGCAGGAGGAGGAUGACCAUGAUCAAUCGGAUGAGUCCAGGGAGAAAGAGCAAAAGAUUCUUCUCGAUGCAGUCUGCAAAACAGUCCGGUGGCUGUCGGCAAAGCUCGGGCCAACAGUGACGUCUCGAUACGUAGCCAGAAAUUUGCUGCGAUUGCUCACAAAUUGUUACAUUGGUCUUGAGAAACACCAGUUUGUGGCUGUUGCGCCUGAGGAGAGCAAUCUGGAGAGUGUGGGAAUGGGCAGUGUUUAUGAGAAGAAAGCUGUUGUUGGAGACCAGACAGCAGGGCCUGUGUUGGACUGCCUCAUCUACAUAGCUCAACUUUAUGGAGAGCCUGUACUCACUUACCAGUACCAGCCUUAUAUAGGAUAUCUGGUUUCGCCACCUCCUUCGCAGCGUCUUAACACGCGUAAGGAGGCAAGUCUGCUUGGAGCUGUUGCACUUACACAGAAGAUCAUUGUCUUUCUCUCUGAUACCACUCUAAUGGACAUGCUUAUGAAGAUCAACCAGGAUGUCCUCCUGCCACUACUGGACUUGCUCACCACCCCCCGUAUGGGGUUCCCCAGCGGGGUGCAGACACGCACUGCUGUCUGUCUCAAGACACUCAGCCUGAUGGCUCUCAUCUGUCUGCGCAUCGGGAGGGAGAUGGUGCAGCAGCAUAUGGCUGAAACUCUGCGUCGGUUCUUUGCCGUUUUCUCUCUGCUGCAUUAUUUGCAGCCCCAGCUGGACAGCGCCCCUCGCAGAGUUGUGGGAGAAGUCACGGUUGUGGACGUCUGCACACCUGAAGAGUCGAAUGUGACAUAUGAGUUGGGGGUUUUGGAGGAGCUCCAGUCCGUGUUUAACCCUGAGAUGGCCCAUGCCUCCUACAUCCCCUUCUACUGCCUCAUAGGUGACAUAGCAAUUCGGAAACUGGUUCCCAACCACGAGCUGGUCUGGCAGUUGGCCCAGUCCUACCAUCAGAGUUUGCAUCAGGGGAGUCUAGAGACGAACCCCACAACAGCUUCAAGGGUGGAGCUACCGCCGUCCUCCAUGGGUGUCUCCUCGGAUUUCAGCAGAGGUGUGGGUUGCAACCCGUUUCCUGCACCCUUCACUAGCUCCACCUCGCUGGGAGACUCCCUCCCUGAGUCAGGCACGUUUGGGAGCCACCUGGUAGGCAAUCGUAUCCAAGUGUCCCGGGACACUAGUUAUGACGCUAGCCCGAACCUGGGCUUGGCCAACUCUUGGGGACGCUCUAGCCAUACCAACCCCAUCAUCACCACGGCCUCCACCUUCACCACUCCCUCUGUUGGAACAGCAGCUUUCUCAUCCUCCUGGGUGACAAGCCCAACCCCAGAGGAUAGUGCCUUGAAGCAGGAGCUCCCUCGCAGUGGCCGUUCCCUGCAGGGCAACUGGCUUGCCUACUGGCAGUAUGAGAUUGGCCUCAACCAGCAGGAUCCCCAUUUUCACUUUCACCAGAUCCGACUGCAGAGCUUCCUGGGUCACUCGGGCCCCAUAAAGUGUUUGGCACCGCUGGCAGGAGAGGAUUACUUCCUCUCUGGUAGUAAAGACAAGACUGUGAAGCUUUGGCCCCUCUAUAACCAUGGUGAUGGAACACAGGAGGUGGAGCCCAAGCAUACAUAUAACGACCAUCGAAAGUCAAUCUUCUAUGUUGGACAGCUCGAGGCUUCACAGGAGAUAGUCAGCUGCGAUGGUACUGUGCACCUGUGGGACCAGUAUACAGGUAAGCAGAUCCGCUCAUAUGAAGCCGUGGAUGGGAAGAAUCCCAUUACAGCUGUCACCACCAUGCCAGCACCGCACUGCAGUGUGGUGUUUGGCAGUGCUGAUUCUAUUCUCCGCUUCAUCGAUCCUCGCAAACCUGGAUUGCAGCAUGAAUUUCGUCUGGCAUACAACAAUGUCGGUGCUGGGCUGAUCCGCUACCUGGCAGUGAGCCCUUCAGGGCGCACUGUGGCCGCAGGUUUCUCAUCUGGCUUCAUUGUUCUGCUAGACGCACGCACUGGACUUAUUCUGAAGGGCUGGCCGGCUCAUGAGGGAGAUAUCCUCCAAAUGAAGGUGUGUACUGGAAACUUGGUCGUCAGCUCCUCCACUGACUACACGCUCGCUGUGUGGAAAGAUCUGGAGCACAAGCCUCUUCGCCAGUACAAGUCGCAGUCCGACCCCAUCCACGCCUUUGACCUUUACGGUUCGGAGAUUGUGACCGGAACAGUGGCUAACAAGAUCGGGGUGUACUCCAUGGCAGAUAUCUCCUUAAGCCCUGUUAGCAGCACAAAGCUGAGCUCGGAGAACUUCCGCGGCACUCUGACCAGCCUGGCCGUCCUGCCCACAAAGAGGCUAUUGCUGCUGGGCUCUGAGAACGGGGCCAUACGGUUGCUAGCUUAGGGGAAAAUCAAUCCCAGCUACGCUCAACACUCUUACCCCUGAUUUUGAAAGUGUCUUAUUCCUGAAGACGCCAGGUGUCUGAGCUAUCUCUGUCCACUCUCCUGUGCGUGAGGUCAAUUGUACUGAGAGGGCACUUUCUCGAAGUUGCACAAGUAAAUCUUGCCGCUCUGGCUGUUGGCACUGAAUUUGAUGAACAAGGAAUGUGUUAACAUUCAUCAUGUACAGUAAAUCCCAUGAUUUUUUUUUUUUUUUAAAGAUGCUCAUAGAUGUAUAGAUAGUAUAUAACGGGGAAAUUCUUAUCUUGACAAGGUCAUUUAUUCUCUUGACAAAGUCACUUAUUCUGGUCAAAAUAAUGAAUCAAAAGACGUGCUCAGGAAGGUGGAACCAAACACGGUUCUUUUGUAGUGUUUACACUUUCCAAAUAGAUGCAUAACAACACCAAAAAAAACAUUGACCUCAACUUUCAUUUCCCUGGAUGUUAGAAUACAUGCGUAUCCAAAUGCACUGAUUAAACUAUGCAGUAUUUGUAGAUCAAAUCAUUUGUUUGUGUUAGCGUUUCUCAGUGUUUCAUAAGAGUUGUUUCACAGUAAAUUGUUUAUACAUCAAUAAAAUUACACUCGCUGUUUUAUACCACAGUCUUGGUGCAUCUUCUCAGAGUGGAGAAGCUUCAAUUGUCGUCGCAUACAAAAAGUCAAUUACUGAUGCACAGCCUUUAUUCUCCUGCACAAGUAUGGCCUGAAUUGUAACAUUUAGAUUCUCACUCAGAUUUUAAAUACUUAAAUGUUUUUAUCCACUAAUAAAUUACUUGAAGUUGCUUUGGGAUUUUUAAUCCGUGUUUAGAGACUUUUGAUUUAGCAGUCAGAACCUGUAGCAACAUUACACUGGGAGUGUAUCUAAGCAGGGGCCACUUUCACUGGCUUGUUAGACUCAUCACUUUCUAAUUUCUUAAUACAAAAGCUAACAUAGGAACAGUCGAUGCCAAGAUAAACAGUUUUGUAUUAAAACAUUUAUAUAACUGCAUAUGAAUAUGUUGAGAAAAAAAGAUAAAUUAAUCAAAAAAUAUAAAAUGUGCAUUAACUUGCUCCUUGAACACAAAUGAAUAUACAGCAGAGAUUUUUGUUCCGGAUGCCGACUAAAUUUCCAUGAAACUCUUAAUGAAUCUAUCUUAAGUUUUCAACGAACAUUAGGAUCCAACAAUCAAAGCGCUCCCAUUUGUAUGAUUUAAUCACGGUCAUGUUGUAAAACAGUUUGCCUACUUUUCUAAUUAUUUACCCAAAGCUCAAAAUGCUCUGACGUGUGUGUACUACACCUUUUUGAUAUUUUGUGUUUUUUUUGUAAACCUGGAGUGAAAGCUUAACAAUCAUAAAACGACAAACUUCAUUUGGAAAAGAAAAUUUGUAGUUGCACAUUGAUGAUUGGUUACAAUUGUUCCUGUACCUCUUUGAACAAAAGUCCUUGAAAAGGCUUAUUUAUUAACUGAAUUAAUAAAAGAAUUUGCUUCUAUGUCAUUUGUUCUG